AUGGAUUUCUUCAAAUCGUGCACGACAAACGUGUAUCUCAUAGAAGAGCUACUCCAGACGCGAUUCCGAUCGUAUAGACUGAAGGCAGACCCUACGGAAGAGUUGGAAACAUGGAAACAGAUCCAGGCGACUUUGGCGAGGCUGCGCGAGUUGAACGUUCUUUGCGUUGCAGAUGAGGAUCAGGGCGUUUGCGUCUUUGAGGAAGUUGGCGAAGAGGCUGGGAAUAUACUGCAGGCUUUCGAUAUGAUUGAGGAAAACACUCUGGAGCUGGAACUUGCGAAGCAAAGGGAUAGGAGCUCCGUGAAGGAUGGGUUUCUUGACGCGAUCGAAGGAGCGCUUGCUUUCCACCUUGCCAGAGAUUCGUGCAGUGUACACGUAGCUCCUUGGACAUGGGUAUGUUAUGAGGAAGGAGAUGGGGAGCACGAACCGUCACCGAGCUUCAUUGUGAAAGUGCUUAGGAAGAUUACUCCAUCCGGAUCGUUGUAUCUCAUCCCCGAGGUUCAGGAAACGAACUGGUCCCCGAUGGAUAGACAGGGCCUUGCAACCGGAACUGAAGUGAUUCUAUCGCCCUAUGGAAAGCCUGCAACUAUCAUCGAUGGCUUCGCGAAAGACAUGAUUGCGGGUGAAGGAUGGAAGGAUGCUGUUACUGUGGGAAUGCAGGCUCGGGGACUGCGUAUCCCGGAAGAUUCUCAAUGGAUUGCCGUCCAGGAGCGCAGCAACUUCGACUCCACCACGGCUUUUCUUUGGCCGGAAAUCUUAUGUCUAGUCCGCCAUGGGCUCGACAAGCAGGAUGCUGUGCCAUUUGAAGACGAUAGCAACUGGCGUCGGUGGUUCGAGACUGCGGAUCGAAACACCUCUUUCCGCAAUCCACUUGCAGAAGCUGAGGAAUGGUUCAAGAGUGCUCGUGAAGCCGAGCGAAGUGGGCAAGACAUCAUUCAGGUAGCGGAGGAACUCACCGCAUCUUCUGGGAACGCUGUCUCUUACAGCGCACAGGGUGCUGAUGUCACCACAUCGCCGCCUUUCAAUCAACGCUUAAUGGAUCAACAAGCUGCACUGGCUGGCAUCUAUCCCACGCCACCCGACGGUCUUACUCAGGGUCCGCCAAAUGGGCAACACAAUUCUGCUGCAACACCAUCCGUAAUUCAAGGGGAGCCGAGCGCAAUGAGCGCAGACAAUCUUCCAACGAGUGAUGAAGUUCACUUUCAGAGCUUUGACCACAAGCCAUCUGUUGGCGCUGAAAGUUUUCAGAUGGGCGCCGAAGAUUUGUUCGGUGACGUGGGCGAAAUGGAGAUUGGUGAAAAUGAGGUUGACGACGCUGAUUUUAAUUUCUUCGACGACGACGAUGAUGAUGCUGCCCCACAGGCUGCACCGCUUGAUCACCAAAUUAUGAAGCAGUCGAAUCCCCAAAUCAACCCCACACCAGCAGCUCAAGCGAUCGACGAAGGGAUGCAGCUUCCCUUCAGUGUCGCUGGUCAUGGCGAUCAUGACGGUCUACCUGCUACUGAAAUCCCACCUAGUUCACCUGUGGCAACAAAGGAUCAAAACACUUCGGACACGCUAAAAGAUGACAUGGAAGGCAUCUUCACAGCCAAGAGCUCGGCUGCAGAGAUUACUGAGCCGGAGAAGCCGUUAAGCCCCUUCGGAAUCAGGGAACGUUUAUUACCGCCCCCUGUCCCAGCAAGCGUUGCACACAGUGAUUCCAGACAACAAUCCGAAUCUCGCAGGAGUAGCCGCUUCGGCCCAAUCAAUUUUAGGGAAAACAUGGAUCUUGGACCAAGGUAUGCUGAUACUGGGGUUCCCAAAGAGGAUCGCAGGAUAAGUUCCACGAUGCCAAACAUCGGUCUCCCACAGUCAAAAAAGAAGUCCCAAUCCUCAAAGAAAUCCCCUAGGCUAGGAAGCCUGGUGAGCGAGCAAGAAGAUAGCGACGAUGAGUCGAACCUAUCUUCUUCGAGCCAAAGCGAUACCGACAUCCCACCGUCGACACCGUGGGAUAUGCCUGAUAGCCGCAAAAGGAAACGGCAUGGCGAGCAGCGCACUGCCAACGUACUUGCUGAUGCGCCAGAGCGGAUAGGCUCUGACAGCAGCUUAGUAGCGACAUCGCCUGUUCAGACCUCCGAUCAAGAUAUGCUCGAUACCAUCAACAAGCUUGAAAUUUCCGAACAACCACUCCUCGCACAUCCAUCCCAACCGAUGAGUCGAAAAGCAUUCCCAUUCAAGGAUCGUACAAAAGAGUCCUUGCGGUCGAUUGUCGAAUUGCACACGCUUCCCAAAGAAGACAUCAUCUGCAUAGCUCAGAUUGUUAGCGAACAGGCGAUCACAACACUCGACUCAGCGGUCGUUGAGGGCAGUUUACUGGGACUGACACCUAGCAUAGCUGCAUCCAACUCCGUAUCAAAGAGUCGGAGAUUCAUUACUUCUGCUCUGGAGACCGUGUUUCCCGAAUUCGACAUGUGCGACUUGGCGACCCUAGCACUCACGAGAGAACCUCUAGCUCCGGCGCGCUCCCUGACAAACUCCGGAAAGGGUGGGCAACCACUUCCUAGGCCACUUCAGCGCGCAGAUAGCUUGUUGUCUGGGCCAGAGAUCUUUUGCCUUCCUGCUCCGCAUGUGAAGAUCCAGAGGGGCAAAGAAAAUUGGGAGAUGUUGCCCACGAGCCUUGCCUUUUGGGAGACACUUGGGCUAGGGCCGGCGAGUGGGCCCAAGAAUGUGAGAGCUUUUUGUGUCUUUCCCGACAAUGAUGACCUGCAGCACCUUGUCGAGCGCUUCAUGGUCGACAUGAGUACUGCUUACGAAAGCUGUAAGCUUGGUACUCAUGUACACCAUCGCAAUGCCAGUGCGAAGGACAUGAUGGACAAUUUCGAAGAUGGCAUGGCGCCUGUCGAAGUUACUGAGGAGGUGGACAUCGAGAGCGCUUUGAAGUCUUACGCCAGCACCUGCGCAAAUUUGGGAAAGGCGCUUUCGUCGAUCAGCCAGGGCGAAAGCAACCGGUCUAUUGUGGUGUAUGUGGUCAAUCCUUUUACCGAACAGCAGGCGACAAAACAUCUCUGCGCUUGCUUCUGGCUGCUCUGGAAGGCGUACAGGGACAACUUACCGAGAGCACAUCGGAACCAGUGCAACAGCGACCUCGUGAUGCAGCUGCUACCUAUCAACCUCUUCGCCUCGUUCGACAUGCUUGUGAUACCUGGCGCGAAGCGAAUGGCUGCUUUGGCUCGCGAAGUAUACGACCGAUGUCCACCGUCACCUGAUGCGCCGUCUCCAGAUGAUACCUCUCCGCUUCGGAUCAUGUCUGCUCCUUCUGUGGAGCUCGCGAGUUCAGCGCCCAAAAGGAUAGCGUUCCAAUUGUCCGCCGAACCUCCGAGCGACCUUCUCCACGAAGGAUCAGUCCUUCACGUUGCUUAUGCGAUCAGCCCGGAUGGCGAAUGGUUGACUUCAACGUGGAUCGAUAAUACGGGCCGGUAUCAAGACAGUGUGUCACUAUGUCUUCGCGGGGGGUCUUUCGCCGACGUGGCCAACGAUGUAUGGGAACGGACACGUGAGAUAAUAGCUGCUCGAAAAGUCACUUGGCGGAUAUUCAUUGUCACGCACCAAGGCCUGGAUCGCUCCAUCUCCCUGUGUUGGCGGUCACUCGCUGGGAAGCCGAGAGCUCAAGCACUAUGCGUGACGAUGCUGACCGUUCAGGUCGAUCCUGCCAUGCACCUUCAGCCACCGGCAGAAAGCCAAAGUUCUGGUGGACAGGACAACGCUUUAUUCACACCGGUCUCGACACCACAAGGCAACCCGAAUUUAAUCAGCUCUCCUGAUGUUGGCCAAACCCCUACCGCCAACAACGCACCGCCCACACCUGCUCCUAGUGAGACAGCCGCCUCCCUCGCUGAAAACGAUCCCGACGCUCACCUUGUCGACGCGACCGACGAGACAUUCGCUCUCUUGUACCACCCAAAAUUCAUCAAUCUUGGCUACAACACCGGCCUCGCGAAUGGCGCUCUCUUUCAAUGGGGUAGCGCCGAAGCUGCUCUAGAUACAACCUUGCCCAGUCUUGGUGUGAGUGUACAUUGGACCAUUCAAGUCAAGCCUGAUGGGAAAGUUGAUGAGGGAAGCCCCAAACAAGCCGAGCUAACGCUGAAGGACGUGAUGAGAAUGUAUCGACAUUUAGGCCUGUUGACGAAGGCCAGAGGGUUGGAGAAAGAGGGCAAGGCUAGUGUGCCUUUGCAUGUUGAGGUUGCGAGAAGGGGUGUUGAGGGAUUGGAUGGCAUGCUGCCACCUAUCUCAGGAGAUUGA